AUGAGGUGGCUUUGGGUCGUGGCUUUGGUGGCACCUGCGUGCACUGUCCCCUACAACGGCACGGCAGGGAGCACUGGGGAUGAGGAUAAUGGGGACAGAGGUCCCUGCACCCCUCAGCACGGCCCCCUGGGCACUGAGGUGCUGCUGCCGUGCCCGGGGGGUGCGGCUGAGUGGCGCCGGGGGGGCACGGUCCUGGGCACGUCCCCAGCCCCGGGGCUGGCCCUGCCCAAUGCCAGCCUGGCCCACGAGGGCCACUACAGCUGCCACCACCCUGUCACCGGCGAGACCUGGGCCACCAUCUGCCUGCGGCUGGGCUACCCGCCCUCGCCACCGGCCAUCGAAUGCUGGGCCACCAGCUACCCCCAGGCCGUGAACUGCUCCUGGGCACUGAGCCCUGACCCCCUGCUGGACACCGACUUCGUGGCCACCUACAGGCACGGCGCAGACACAGGUGAGUGCACCCUCACGGGCCCGCGGAGCUGCUCCUUCGGGGACCUGCAGGUGUUCUCCCUGAGUCCCUACGAGCUCAACGUGACAGCCUGGAACCCCCUGGGAGCUGCCUCGGGAAGCCUGCCCUUCCUCCUGGAGAACAUCAUAAAGCCGGACCCCCCCGAGGCCCUGAGGGUCUCCCCCAUCCCUGGGGAGCCCCAGAAGCUGCUGGUGGAGUGGAGCCCUCCCUCAUCCUGGCCAUUCCCGGAGUAUUUCCCGCUCCAGUACCGCAUCCGCUAUUCCCGGGACAACGACUCCGUCCCCACCACGGUGGGGCCGUACGAGCUGACAUCCCACACCCUGACGGACCUGGAGCCCGGGAGCCUCCACCACGUCCAGGUGGCCGCCAAGGAUCUUGCAGAUUCCGGGGAAUUCAGCGCCUGGAGCCCGCUGGCCUCGGGGACACCUUGGGUGGGGCCGUGA